UCCUAAAAUCUUUGAGUGUGAUUUCUAAAUAGCGUUUUGUCAAGAAAAAUGAAUCCGAAGGCUCUUAUAUUCUUAGCUCUUCUAUUUGCGUCUGUUCUUCUUAUCUCCUCAGCCGUGGCUACUGAGACAUCUAAUGAUGAGGAAAAACAAGAGUCAGAGCCUGUAGAAGACGCAAAGUAUGGUGGUUACGGAGGAGGGUAUGGCGGUGGACAUGGUGGGCAUGGUGGUGGUGGACGUGGAGGGUAUGGUGGUGGUGGACAUGGAGGGUAUGGCGGUGGACAUGGAGGAUAUGGAGGAGGCCGUGGUGGAGGAGGCCAUGGAGGCCGUGGUGGAGGAGGCCAUGGAGGCCGUGGUGGAGGAGGCCACGGAGGCCGUGGAGGUGGCGGCCCAGAUGGAAACUGAAGCCAAGCCCUAGAGAACUAGAGUGGAAAAAAGUAUUAUGCAUGUAUUUGUCUGAAUAAUGUAGAAUGUAAGCUUUGAAGUAUGAGAAAAUAUAAAUAAGCAUGCAUGCAUGUGCUUUUUUUGGUUAAACUAGUAUUCUGAACUUUUCCACAGUAUCACCCUCAAAAAAAAAAAAAAAAAAAAAA